ACCAUCACCAAAGUAGCGCGGCAGCUUCUGCGAUUGCCCACCCCGAAGCAGUGCUCCACCGGCACUGCCUGCGUCACAGUUCCCCGCUGAAUCCCGUCGAGUCGCCGCAGCCACGAUGCCUGGUGUCAUCGAAGAUCAGAGCGGUGCCUCGGGCAGGCUACUCCUGAUUUCCAAUCGCCUGCCCAUCACCAUCAAGCGCUCCGAGGAUGGCCAGUACAGCUUCUCGAUGUCCUCGGGCGGUUUGGUUACUGGCCUGAGCGGGCUCUCCAAGGCCACCAGCUUCCAGUGGUACGGCUGGCCCGGCCUGGAGGUCCCGGAGGCCGAGGCGGGGCCCAUGCGCCAGCAGCUGAAGGAGAAGUACAAUGCGAUCCCCGUGUUUGUGGACGACGACCUGGCCGAUCGCCACUACAAUGGCUUUGCCAACUCGAUUCUCUGGCCCCUCUUCCACUACCACCCCGGCGAGAUCACCUUUGACGAGUCCGCCUGGGCCGCAUACCGCGAGGUUAAUCGGCUGUUCGCCCGGGAAGUGGUCAAGGAUGUGCAGGACGGCGACCUGGUCUGGGUACACGACUAUCAUCUGAUGUUGCUGCCGGAGAUGCUGCGCGAAGAGAUCGGACAGACCAAGAAGAACGUGAAGAUCGGCUUUUUCCUGCACACCCCGUUCCCCAGCAGCGAGAUCUACCGCAUCCUGCCCGUGCGCGAGAAAUUGCUGGGGGGCAUCCUGGAGUGCGAUCUGAUCGGCUUCCACACGUACGACUACGCGAGGCACUUUUUGAGCAGCUGCUCGAGGAUACUGUCGGCCUCGACAGCACCAAACGGUGUCGAGUGGAAUGGAAGGUUCGUGACGGUCGGCGCCUUCCCGAUCGGCAUUGAUCCCGAGAAGUUCGUCGAGGGCCUCAAGAAGCCGAGCGUGCAGAACCGCAUCGCGACGCUCAAGCGCAAGUUCGAGGGCGUCAAGCUGAUCGUCGGCGUCGACCGGCUCGACUACAUCAAGGGCGUGCCGCAGAAGCUGCACGCGCUCGAGGUGUUCCUCACGGAGCACCCCGAGUGGAUCGGCAAGAUCGUGCUGGUGCAGGUGGCGGUGCCGAGCCGGCAGGACGUCGAGGAGUACCAGAACCUGCGCGCCGGCGUCAACGAGCUGGUCGGGCGCAUCAACGGCAAGUUCGGCACGAUCGAGUUCAUGCCGAUCCACUUCCUGCACCAGUCGGUCAGCUUCGAGGAGCUGACGGCCCUCUACGCCGUGAGCGACGUCUGCCUGGUGAGCUCGACGCGCGACGGCAUGAACCUCGUCUCGUACGAGUACAUCGCGACGCAGCGCGAGCGCCACGGCGUCAUGGUCCUGUCCGAGUUCACGGGCGCCGCGCAGAGUCUUAACGGCAGCCUGAUCGUGAACCCGUGGAACACGGAGGAGCUGGCCAACGCCAUCCACGACGCCGUCACCAUGUCGCCCGAGCAGCGCGAGGCGAACUUCCGCAAGUUGGAGCGCUACGUCUUUAAGUACACGAGCGCCUGGUGGGGGCAGAGCUUCGUGACCGAGCUGACGCGCAUCACCGCCGCCGACGACGACGGCAAGGACGGCAACAACCACGCCAACCACUCGGCCAAGCCGGUGCUGCGCGUCGCCGUUGACGGCGCCGCUGAGGCCGCCCACUAAGCAAUCCAGGGGGCGCAGGGCGCGCUGUUGCCGUGGGCACGGCCCGGGCGACAAGGGCUUGGGGUAGAUCCGAAUGCCGUUGAUCUUCGCGACCCCUGCGUUUCUUUGGCCGCUUCGGGGAGGUCCUCAAGGGGUGCCCGGAGGAAGAGGCCGGCCUGUGCGAGGACAGGUCAGAGGGUCACUUUGCAAGUGGCAGCGCGAGCGGUUGGUUGGAAAAGGACACAACCCCGCUUGCAUG